AAGAAACAAAGUGAUGAAAGAAUAUUGUUUUGUAUAAAAAGUGAAAUUACCAACGAAAUCGAGUAAAUAGUUUGUUAAUAUAGUUUUACAGUGUGUUUACAACUCUUAAUAUAUUUGUAUAGAAUGUCGUUUAAAUAAUAGUUAAUAUAAACAACUUUAAUCGUUUAAGAAAAAAUCGACCAAUCACAGCGCGUCAUAUCGUCGAACUUUCUGGAAAUUUAACCUUUCAAAGCUCGGCGAAUUCAUUUGGAUUCUCAAAAUGUCAUUUUGUAGAUCUCUCAAAACAAUUGUUUUUUAAAUCUUAUUUAUAAGAACUAUAUAUCUAAUUUUCUAAAAAAAAUAUUAUAACUAGUCUCGUUACUAAAUUACGCUUCUAUAAAAUAAGAGUAUUUAGUUCAAAUGACGAGUUUCAGCCAUGAUGCGUCGUAUUUACUACAGUAUAUCCCUGUGUCGUGUCCGUGACUGUUGCCCUACUGUAUUAUUUUUAAAAUUUGAAAGUGUUUACAUAUAUACAAAAGUUUGUCGAGUUUUUUUAUACAAAGGAAAAAUGGCGGAAUUUGAUAUCUUAUGCUGUGACUCAACGAGGGCGAUCUCAGCGAAGAAGGGGAAGAAACAUUUUCACAUAAUAAUUUGGAGCAGGAUAUGCAGGGGGACUUCGAUAACUCCUAUGAGGUUAUCCUACUGGCCAUGUUUGAUGAACAUGGACAGCAGUUGGAGUGUCCAAGUCUCCCUUUAGGACCCGCACCUUCCACUGAGCCAGCACAAGUAAAUCCGCCAUUACCAGUGUCACCAUCUUCUUCGCGAAAUGUUCGUCCAGAAGUGGUCGUUGUCGUUGAGCGGUUAGAUGAGGAGAACGGCAAUGAGUACUUGUUGGCGGAAGUAUAUCAUGAGGAGGUGGUGGCGAGUUCGAGUGGUGGUGCUGUGCGAGGCGUGUGGUUCCCAGCGACGGCAGCAGCAGGCGGGCGUCGGGCACGAGGCGGCCGCCGCGCCCUCCUCUCCGCCUCCUCAUCGUGUCAUAUAAUAUUAAUAAUAUUUUGUAUUUAAUUUUUUUGAAUAAAUAGAAUACAAUACAUUUUAUUCAAUACGGAUAACACUUAUUGAAAGUCAUUGUGUUUUAUCGUUGGUUAUAAAAAACCUGUAAUUUUUAAUUAUUAUUAAGAAGAUGCUGCUGCCCAUUUCCUGUUUCAGUUUUCCUCCGACGCCUCUUACGGCACCCACGAAACGAAACGAAACUGUGCUAGUGGAUAUUCUUGACCUCUCAACAGUAUCUUUCAAAAUUGCAUCAUUCCUAUGAUUAUAAUAAUCUUUAUUACCAUAUAUAUUAUUUAACAAUAUGUCUAUUUAUAAACUACACAGGAAUAUUUUAUCUUAUAAGAUGAAAAAUAGUAUCCAUUGCCGAACUAGGCCAGAACCUGUAUUUCAGCAUAUGGCGCCACUCCCCGGACAUAAUAAACAUAGAUUACUUAUUUAUAUUAUGGAAAAAUUACCUAACUUUAUUUUUUAUAUUACAUGUGGGUUAUAAAAAAUGUAAAUAGAAAGAAAAAAAAUAUGUAAAAUGUCGUGUGUGAGAGGGUGUGUACGAGAUGAAGAAUACAAUUUAAUGAAUACCUUAGGUUACCUAACAAUAGAUGUUCGAGAUCAGUCCAUAAUAACUCAGCGCUGCACUGUCAAAAGAUCUUCCGUUUCACCAUAUUCUAUGUAAUAUGUGGGUUUAAUAUUAUGGUUUAAACAAUAAAAUAUAAUAAACAUGUUUUUCUCAUCUAAAUUUAUAUAUUAUUAUAACAUUAAUGCUAAAUGGGAAGUAUAAUAGUAAACAAAAAUAAUGAAAAAAUAAAGUAAAACAAUGGUAUGAAUUGAAUCGCCGUAAUGGAUGACAUUGACAGUUACUGACAACAGAUAUUUGACAGCGGGGAUGGAUGUUUUGACUGUUGAGCGUAUGGAGCACAGAACACAAUUACUCUCUAUCAAGAGGUAUGGAGUGUAGAGGUAAGGAGUACAAACUCUGUAUAAAAAAGUGUCCGUAGGAAGGCGUUAAAUAAGGGUGGCGCCACUGUAGCUACAGUCUAAAUUAUAAAGAACUUUUUAUAAAAUUUUUUAUUGCACAAACUCACCAUAAUUCUUUCUACAAUAAUUAUUUUAUUGCUUUCAAAAUUUUUAUUUUCAAAAUCACUCAACGUAUUUUACGGCAAUUUAACAUACCCCUAGCUACUCGAGCGCUGUAGUGGAGAGUUUUUGAACUAACUGUUAUUUACUGCUUACAGAUGGACACUUUUUUAACUAUUCUCGUAUGGGAGUUGGUACUCCUUACUUUUACACUCCAUAGUUGAGUGUUUAAUCUGUUACCGCAUGUUUUGUUUUUUUAUAGUAUAACCUUUUUUCUUUACUUGGCUACUUCAAAAGAAGGGUAAUGUUUUUUGAGUAUGCACGUAUGGAUGUCUUUUUCUUUGACACGCUCUGUAACCUAAAUUGCUUGAUGGAUUUUUUAAUAUAUGGGGCGUCGUUAGAUUUGCCUUAGUUGUGGAAGUGACAUAAUAUUUGAAUUUUUUUCUUUUCAGUAAACUAGAUUUUAUUAUUUAUCAUUGUUUUAACCAUUGGACUUGUUUAAUAAAUUAUUUCAUCUUGUUGU